ACCCAAUUUCAAUUUUGGUUCACCAUGACCACCACAACUCUGUCUCGGAAACGACCGAGAAAAACCUACCGGAUAGCAAUGGUGUGCGACUUUUUUUAUCCUCGCAUGGGGGGUGUCGAGAUGCACAUAUGGAGUCUGUCGCAGCAUCUGAUUCGACUGGGUCACAAGGUGAUCGUCAUCACCCACUCKUAUGCCGAUCGAAAGGGUGUACGGUACAUGCCGGAGAAUCUGAAGGUCUACUACUGCGUGAGUGAUAAACCAUGAACAUUUAUCAUUGUUGGAGGCUAUCGAACAACUUGAAAUUAAAAAAAUCCAACCGUGAUGUUGGUCAAAUAAAAACRCGCGAUCUUACUGAGAUAUUCUUAUUGUCAAAACGACGGAUGAUUCGUCAUACUCUUCUCGUUCCCCGAAACCGCAAAAUUUCAGCCGUUCAUACCCAUGACGGAUCAGGACAUUCUGCCGACGCUCACGGCGACCUUUCCCCUCUGGCGCAACAUCAUGAUCCGGGAGGGCAUCGAAAUCGUCCACACCCACCAGGCAACGAGYGUMAUGUCCAACGAAAGCGUUGUGUAYGCGUCCGCCAUGGGGCUCAAGAGCGUUUUUACAGACCACUCUCUCUUCCAGUUCGACGACGUGGCCGGGGUGGUUCUGAACCGGGUGCUGGAAACCACCCUCCGACCCACCYUGAACGCGGCCAUCUGUGUCUCGCACGCCUGUCGAGACAACCUCAUCCUCCGGGCCAAGCUGGAUCCGAGCCUCAUCGACGUGAUCCCCAACGCGGUGGAUCCAUCCAAGUUUAUGCCCUGCGAGGCUGGCCAAUCCGGCAAAGGAGCUUGCGGCAGAGAUGGCAGGAUUAAGGUGGUCGUCGUUUCCCGACUGGUCUACCGAAAGGGGGUCGACCUGCUGGUGGGCAUCAUUCCAAGGGUCUGCRAGCUCUUUCCGCAGGUCGAUUUCAUCGUGGGAGGAGACGGCAACAAGCUCCUGGACCUGCAGGAAAUGGUCGAGCGGGAGCGYCUUCAGGACCGCGUUUCCUUCCUGGGGGCCGUCCCGCACAAGGACGUCGCCUCGGUCCUGCGCAGGGGCCACGUCUUUCUCAAUUGUUCCCUCACGGAAUCCUUCUGCAUCGCCAUUCUCGAAGCUGCGAGCUGCGGCCUGCUAGUCGUGUCCACCAACGUCGGUGGUGUCCCGGAGGUGCUGGAACCCGACAUGACUGUCCUCUGCGACCCAAAYGUCGCUUCGCUGGUGAAUGGCGUGAAAGCAGCCAUCGAGCGGCAGCGGGGGGGAUCGUCGGUGUUGCCGCCCCUCGAUCCCUGGGACGCCCACCGCCGCAUMGAGCGCAUGUACAGCUGGCAYCGGGUCGCGGUGCAAACGGAACGUGUAUACGAUCGAAUCRUUCUCGACGAGCCGCUGACCUUUCUCCAGCGGCUACGGAGAUACCAGAUGAUGGGUGGGCUCUCGGGGAUGGUGGUAUGCGCUCUUGUGUUGUAUAUCGAGGUUUGGAUUCGGUUCGUGGAGUGGUGGCAGCCGGUGUCCUCGAUCGACAUCGCAAAGGAUCUGGUGCCGCCGCCGCCCCAAGCCUCGCCGUCUUCSACAACGAAGAAGGRAGCACCAUCGUCGCCGUCAUCCUAGAUCGACAAAGCAUCUUGCUCCCAYAUCCGAAAGGUGGUGAAGCAACGCUUGUUUCUGCAUAUUCCGCAUCAGAGUGAUACCACAUGUUUAUUUUUAAAAGCUCGAUUGAUGCGGGAAAAUAUGGCAUUACAUGUCUGCUAGAACUAAAGUCACUAUUAUACU